CCCUGCCGCCGUGCACAGCAGAACGGCUUCCCGCUAGGGCGCUGGGAAGGAAGGCUGGCGGCCUCGUCACGUGUCCUCGGCGAUCAAGAAACAGUUCCAGUGGUAAGGAGUCUUUUCAAAAUAUAAGAGGAAUAAAGAAGCCACCUCCCCACCUUUCACCGUCUUCUAACAGAUUGCACAAGAAUAUUUCAAGCACAACAGAGAAGGCAGUGCGUCCAGCCCUAGAUGAUGACCAGCCCUGUGAUUUUUUCAAGAAAGGGAGUAGGGUGAGUGAAUCUCAUCAGAAGAGCAGCAGCAUGGAUGCCGGCCGGUCUUGGAAUAAAGUGCCACGUUGGAAGAACGCUUCAGGGAAAAGGCAGAGCGAGCCAGGAGGCCUCCCUGUUCCUUCCAGGCCAAAGGGCAGCCUCCUCCGCGUCUCCCCUCCGGCUGGGGAGGAGCUUGGAGGAAGCAUUUUCCCGGAAGGUAAAGCCGAAAGGAGUCCGCUGCGGCCCGGAUGUCCGGGGGCCUCGGGGAACAAGCUGCUGCUGGACUUCCAGUCCCUGAGGCUCAUGAAAGAGGACUCCGAGGACAGUGCCAGCGACCUCUCCGACUCGGAGCGCGUCCCCUGCCCCCCGUCCCCACGCACGCCUCCAGACCUGCGUCUGCGAGCGGAGGAGAUCGACCCGGUCUGCUUCGACCUUGAUCUUCAACCAGGUCAGGGCCACGCCAGACCCGAAUACUGCUACCCCGACUUCCUCCCGCCGCCUUGUAACUCCUGGGACUUGCGGGACAUGGCUCUGCUCGCCAACACGGAGCCCAGGCCGGCCCCCGCGCCACGAGCAGGAGGGCUUCUGGGGAAGUACGUGGACCGGCUGGUGCAGCUCGAGUGGCUGCAAAUCCUGACUGUCCAGGGCGAGAGAGCAAAGGCGGCGUGGGGCCUGGCUGGCAGCGACAGCAGCCGCAGAAUGGAGAGCAGCAGUAACCUCCGCGGCCCGACGCCCCCCGGGAACCUGGACGCAGCAGACCCCCCCAAGACCUCCAGAACGCAAGCACAUGCAAAUCCGAGGAAAAAGGGAAAGGCAGAUAACUGUGGUCAGGCCUCCGUAGCCAGUGAGAAGAAACUCAGAACGAAUGGAGGAAAGCAGAACCCACGUAAAUUCAAAUAACAUCGAAAUGGUGAGCUGUGAAGACCAGCAGAACCCUAAAUAUGAGGGCCCCGGUAGUGACAAGAUGCGAAUGUCAAGAAGCGUUAUGAUUACUGCCACUUUGGGGCUGCCUGGCUCUUCAGUCCCCCCACCAGGUAUUUUCAACAAAAGGAUGCUGGGAAGCCUUUCUUCAUGUUGACAGUCUUAAGAAAUGACAGCCAUUGGGUAAUAAUUAACCGAGGUCUGUACCAGGUAAAGGAACAGAGUGACAACUCCCCGGGCAAGAGUUAACUGAGCCGGUGGGCUGUGGAGAACAGAACUUGGAGGUUGAGCUCCACUUUUCCUUCACGAGAGCAGCGCCCACAGUUUAACAGUGCCGAUCACCAGCGUCCAAGACGGUCGGUGUCGGAUGCCAGUGUCCGAGGUGGUCAGGGCUCUCUCUUUUGUUCCCAUCAUGAGCCCUCCAAGCAGAAGCUGUCCUAUUGAGCCCUAGAAGUUCUGGCUCCUUGUCAAAUUGGGGAGCAUGGAUUUUGAGCAAAAUCAUUUAUCACAAAGCCACUUGCUACACAGAGACCACAGAAUCUAGUGUUUUCAUACAUCUUCCCGGAUGUUGGUUAAAAAGAAGCAGCAUCUUAAAUUUGUGUUCUCUAAGCUGAGGAUGGGGAGUCAGUGGGUGAGCGGGACGUGCUGUUUGGAGGGCCAGCGUGGAAUACGUGGCACCCCAGCCCUGAAGAGGAGCCACUGUAUAGAGUUUGUGGACAAAGGGCCUCUGAGCUAGAAACACAUGGAACCACUUGGAAUGUAACAACUAUUACAUUACUGAUUUGGGACCCAGAUCCUGCUGUCGGAGGUCAGAAUAAUGAUCUUUUUAGUUUGCAAGAGCAGGAGUUCAGAAUCUGGCUCAGGGGGGGCAGAGUGGGCCGUGAAUGGGGAUGAAGGUGCUGCAUGUCUUCCUGGCAGGCUUGCUGGCCUUGGGGCUGCGGACUCCGGAGGCUUCCUGCUUCACUGCAGUUACAUCACAUCUAAGUGUCCCUGGGGCUGUGCCGUGAGAUUCUGCUGAUGUUAGUGGGAAUAGCUCUGAAACCUCUGUUUGACUACCUUUUUCUGCACAGUAUGUUUUUAAAUUUAUUUUUAUUGUUGACACUAUUACAGCUGUCCCCAUUCCCCUCAUCCUUUGCCUACUUCCACCUGCCCCCGCCCCCUCCCCCCUUUCCCUCUGGCCAUCACUACACUGUUGUCUGUGUCUGAGUUAUGCAUAUAUG